GUUCAAAAUGGUGCUGCGGCGGAUCUUUUAUGCCUUGAUAAAUAACGCUCAAGUGGUGGAGAAGCUCGCGGAGUCGCGACCCAUCAGACGGGCGGCGCAAAUCACAGCCUUCGCCAUCACUAAAGCACAGAUAGCCGGGAAAGACGCCUCGACCAAGCUGCUCAGAUCCGACACUUUUCGCCAAAUACGCGAGGAGACGUCAAAGAUACCCGGGGAUGUGCAAGAGUUGGGUCGGAGAGCUACAAGACUGCGGGAUACGUUUGUGAAGGAGGUGAAAGAGGGAAUGAGGGACGCCAACCGACAGAUAAAAGACAGAAAGUGACAAGAGACCUCAUAUUCAUGGCGCUAUUGCUAUGCCACUUGUGACAGCGUCAUUAAAGACUCAUAAUGUUCUACUGUCAGACUGGAGUUUUAUGCACCUUCUUCUCAUAAGACUUAUUUAAAGAUCACUGUAAAGAUUGCUUGUAUGACCGGAAGUGCCAUGUUGUUUGAUAAAUAGAUGAAGGAUGAAAUGGGUAUUUGGCAUUGGUUAUGUCACGUAAUUGAAACAAAAGGUGUAGCCAUAUUAUUAAAUAAAGACAUUUCAAAUCUACAA